AUGGAUCAGAAAAAUGAUCUUGGGGUCAUUGAGACUUCCGUGACUGACACAUCACAGAGUCUGAAAAAGAGUAGCAAUAUGGCUACCAUCGAGAACGAUGAUGAGAGAUUGCUGAACAGAAUUGGUUAUACUCAAGACCUGCGUCGACAUUUCUCCAAAUGGUCUACAUUGUCCUACGCGGUCUCCGUUCUUGGUGUCCUAGGAUCCGUUCCUGCUACUUUUGGAAGCCCAUUGAGUCUGGGUGGACCAGCUGCAUCAGUAUGGGCAUGGUUUUUUGGUUCUGUAAUGGCACAAAUCAUAUCAAGUUCAGUAUCUGAAUUGGUCUCUGCAUAUCCGACGGCAGGUGGCAUGUACUUCGUUACGAAGAACGUUGUCCCACCUGAACAUGCGGCGAUAUGGAGCUGGAUUAUUGGAUGGUGUAAUUUACUUGGUCAAACUGCAGGUGUUGCCAGUGUGGGGUAUACCGUUUCUCAGCUUGUUCUAGCAGCUGCGAGUAUGAACUCUGAUUUUGAUGAGGUCACCGGGACAUAUGCCUAUUCACCAACUGCACUGCAAACCGCUCUACUCUCAUGGUUGAUCCUUAUAAUACUGGGAGUAAUCUGUUCCUUAACAACAAGACGUCUUCAUCAAAUCGUAACUUGGUUCAUGCCAAUCAAUGUCCUAGCUUCAAUCGCUAUAUGCAUCACUCUACUCAUUCUAACUCCCAACAAACAAUCUGCAACAUGGGUCUUCACACAUUUCACCAAUGGAUCUGGCUGGGGAACUCCAUUUUCAUUCUUUCUCUCAUUCUUAUCAGUAGCAUGGACCAUGACUGAUUACGACGGCACGACCCACAUGUCGGAAGAAACUCACGAUGCAGCAGCUCGUGGGCCAAUGGCUAUUCGAUGGGCCGUUACCAUUUCUGGAGUCGUAGGCUGGAUGCUCACCGUUACUUUGUGUUUUUGUGCAACAGAUCUUGAGGCUAUCAUUCAUUCGCCCACAGGAAUGCCAGCCGCGCAAAUCUUCUUAAAUGCGGCGGGCAACAAUGGUGCAACUGCAAUGUGGUUUUUUGUCAUUCUCGUUCAAUUUUUUACAGGAUGUUCGGCUAUGCUUGCUGAUACUAGAAUGGCUUAUGCUUUUGCGAGGGAUGGAGCUCUUCCUUUUUCAAAGUUCUGGUCCAAAGUAAAUCCCUACACCCACACCCCUCUCCACUCUGUCUGGCUCAUCGUCCUCCUAACUUGCUCGCUCAACACCAUUGCCAUCGGCAGCACCGCUACCAUCGUCGCAAUCUUCAACAUCACAGCUCCUGCUCUUGACAUGUCAUAUGCGGCAGUUAUCCUAGCACGCAACAUAUACGCCUCGCGCGUGAAAUUUAUUCCCGGACCAUACACACUUGGAAUAUGGCAAAAGCCACUCAAUGCGAUAGCAUGUACCUGGGUUUUAUUUAUAAGUAUAGUUCUUAUGUUCCCAACGGUGCGACCGGUUACGAUGGAGAAUAUGAAUUAUGCGGUGGCAGUAGGCGCGGCUAUUGCGGUGUUUAGUUUGGGUUGGUGGUGGGCUGGAGCGAGAAGGACAUACACGGGACCGAAAACAAAAGAUCUCAUACAGUCCAUCGCGUCGGAAGAAGGAAAUUAUGAAUCGGAUGAGAGACCUAACUAUGGGAGUAUUACCGAUCGUUGA